AUGUCAAAUAGCGGGGUUGAUAAACCUUCAACAUUUUUUAUGUAUUGUAUUAGUGAAUUGAUGGAUAAAAUUAAUUGUAAAAUUAUUGUUGAUCCUGGGCUUCGAAUGUCUAUUUAUGAUUAUGAUGUGGGAAUUAGAGAUCAAGUUAGAAGAGAAUAUUUGUUAAAGGGUUCAAAGAGUGACGCUUUUACAAAAAAAGGAUUUAACAAUUGGAAAAAGGCAACGGAAAGUUUUAAUGACAAUGUUGGUGCAGUUAGCAGUGUUCAUAAUGACGCAAGACGUCACUGUGAGGUUUUUGAGAUUCAACGUCAAAGCAUUUCCCAUACUUUGACCACUCAAAGUCGUGAAACGGAAAAUGCUUACAGAACUCGUUUGACAGCAAUGUUAGAAGUUGUUCGCGUUCUUCUUUGGCAAGGUUUAGCAUUCCGUGGUCAUGAUGAGACUCUUGACUCUUUACAACGGGGGAAUUUUCUUGAGAUAGUGUCAUGGUAUGCCAAGAUGGAUGAAAAAGUUAGGAAUGUCAUCGGUUGUAAUGCUCCUGGAAAUAAUCAAAUGACAUCUCCCAAAAUUCAAAAAGAAUUAGUUAGUUCUUGUGCCUCACAAGUAACAUUAGCCAUUCUUACUGAACUUGAAGAUAAGAAAUUCUCCUUACUAGUGGACGAGGCUCGGGAUUGUUCUGUAAAAGAACAAAUGGCAGUGAUGUUAAGGUUUAUGAAUAAGAAGGGUGAAAUAAUCGAAAGGUUUCUUGCCAUUGAGCAUUUGGUGGUUGUUCCUAUUGCAAAACAUAUUCCAGUUGUUGCUGAAUUUUUUACUAACAUCAGUAUGAUUGUUAAUAUUGCUGGUGCUUCUUGCAAAACAAGAGAUGAAUUGAACAAACAUAGGGAUGCUGACAUUUUUGAGAAAUUGGAGACUGGUGAGCUUACUACAGGAAAAGGGCUUAAUCAACAGACUACUCUUACAAGACCGGGUGAUACUCGUUGGGGUUCACAUCAUGCCACUUUAGCCCGUUUGUUAUCUAUGUAG